AUGCCUAUCCCAGUUCCAAAGUCAGACAGUCUCAAGGACAUGCUGAGCCUAAAGGGCAAGGUUGUUGUCGUCACCGGCGCUUCAGGUCCUCGCGGCAUGGGUAUUGAGGCAGCCCGUGGAUGUGCUGAGAUGGGAGCAGACGUCGCCAUCACCUACUCCUCUCGUCCACAGGGAGGUGAGCAGAACGCCAAAGAGCUGCAGCAAAAGUAUGGCAUCAAGUGCAAGGCCUACAAGUGCAACGUCGGCGACUGGAACGAUGUCAAGAACUUUGUCGACACCGUCAUCAAGGACUUUGGCAAGAUCGACGCCUUCAUUGCCAACGCCGGCCGCACUGCCGACAGCGGCAUUCUCGAGGGCUCUGUUGAGGCCUGGAACGAGGUCAUCCAGACCGACCUCAAUGGCACAUUCCACUGUGCAAAGGCCGUGGGUGCUCACUUCAAGGAACGUGGCACUGGCAGCUUUGUUAUCACCUCCUCCAUGUCCGGCCACAUUGCCAAUUUCCCCCAGGAGCAGACCUCCUACAACGUCGCCAAAGCCGGUUGCAUCCACAUGGCUCGCUCCCUAGCCAACGAAUGGCGAGACUUCGCCCGCGUCAACAGCAUCUCUCCCGGCUACAUCGACACCGGCCUGUCUGACUUCGUCGAGAAGAAGACCCAGGACCUCUGGCUCUCCAUGAUCCCAAUGGGCCGCAACGGCGACGCAAAGGAGCUCAAGGGAGCCUAUGUCUUCCUCUGCAGCGAUGCCAGCACCUACAUGACCGGUGCUGAUAUGAUCAUCGAUGGAGGAUACGUCUGCCGAUAG